UUUGCAAACAUGUGGUGCAAUCUUGGAAAAGGCUUCCAAGCACUCAAGAAAUCCUCUCGGGUGAUACAGGCAAUAUCAAAGAAUGUAGCAACAUGUGCACUCAGUGAGGACUCCCAGCCGAGCUGCAGAGCACUUUGUAGUUUGAGCGCAUUGAGAUGAAUUAUUAAACCUGACUUCUGACAGUCAAUGUUUGUGUUUCCCAUAUUCAGGCUUUUGCUGUGUUGGUACAUGCUGGUGGGACGUCCAUAAAGAGAUUAUACAGGAAUGGUGGAUCACUUGCUUCCUGCGGAUGAAUCUUUCUCAUCCACGAGGCCCUCUAUUGGAUACUUUGGGGACAUGACAGCUGUUGGGCAGUCAUACCAAAUGCUGCCUUCCCCCUUGUCAGAAGACGACAGCGAUUCUUCAAGUUUUUGUUCUUGUUCCAGCCCUGAUUCCCAGAUUCUUGGUUCAAGCUAUGGGAGCUCGUCGAGUAUGGAGAGUCAGGACAGUAUCUUGGACUAUCUGUUGUCGCAAGCAUCUUUUGGGAAUGGCCCCUCCUCUUGGUGGGACAAAAGGAGACUUCAGCCCAUCGUGAAGGAGGAACAUUUUAGGAUGCCAGAGUUUAUGGUGGAGAUGGAAGAUUCUGGACCAUUUCAGCCCACCCUUGAGGAGAUUGAGGAAUUUCUAGAAGAGAACAUGGAGACAGACCUCAAGGAAGGGCCUAAAAGUGAGACCAAAGACAUAAGAACGUGUAGCCAGAUUACCAUGGCUGCCAUACAGCAAAAAGAUCAUAUGGUGCCAAGCAAUAGUUUAAAAGAUAGUAAAAGUGAACAGUCAAGCAGCGCGAUGGAAAGUAGCCAUGCAUCAAAUGGAGCAGUGUCUCUUGAUGGAGGGAUACCGGUCAUGCUCCAAAUCCAACCAGUACAAGUGAAACAAGCAACAAACAUGAGCCCUAGUUCACAAGGACCAGUGCAAGAGAACAUUAAAAUUGCACAGCUCUUAGUCAACAUCCAAGGGCAGACAUUUGCACUUGUGCCACAGAUUGUUCAAUCGUCCAACUUGAACUCAUCCUCCAAAUUUGUUCGCAUAGCCCCAGUUCCAAUUGCUGCAAAACCUAUUGGGCCAGGAGGUACAAUCCAGGGUCAAACUGGGGUAAUCAUGGGUCAAAAGUUUCAAAAGAACCCUGCAGCAGAACUUAUUAAAAUGCACAAAUGUACUUUCCCUGGAUGUACCAAGAUGUACACCAAAAGCAGCCAUUUGAAAGCCCACCUGCGAAGGCACACAGGAGAAAAACCUUUUGCAUGUACUUGGCCUGGUUGUGGAUGGAGGUUCUCCCGAUCAGAUGAGCUUUCUCGACACAGGCGGUCCCACUCUGGAGUGAAGCCUUAUCAGUGCCCUGUGUGUGAGAAGAAAUUUGCUCGAAGUGACCACUUGUCCAAGCAUGUCAAAGUUCACCGGUUCCCAAGGAGCAAUCGCUCCAUGCGUUCUGUUAACUGAUGCCUCCUGUCCUGCACCUUUUUACUUGUCCGUCCAAGAAGAGCCGCUGGCAGCACUUUGUUCUGUAUCUUUCUCAUGAUAAUUUAUUGGUCUCCAUGUAACAGGCCACAUCAUGGCUUCACAGAGCCCCACCUCCUUGCAUCAUGUUUUGCAUCAAUACCGUUUUUUGCCUUAUUGCUUUCCUUUCCUUUGCUGCUGCUGCUGCUUCUUUUGAAAAUUACAGUGUUUUAUUUUUAGCUGUUCUCUCCUGCACCAUGAUAAUUUAUGGGCUACUUGCUGCUAGUUAAUUAUAGUUCUGGCAUUCCUGAGGGCUUUGCUGAUGUACAGGGCUAUUCAUUGUGAGUUUUUAUUAAGCUGGCCUAUUUGUCCAGUUUGGAAACAGCAAAUUCCUUUUGAAAUGAAAACAACUCAUUUGUUUUUGUGGGAUUUCACUUUUUUUAAUGCUGCUGGUGAUGGGGGUGUGGGUUUCUUUGCCAGGAAUUAGUACAGACUAGCAAAAGAGAAUGAGUAGAUGAUACAGGUCUGUGGGAGGGAUUUCAAGAUAACCAAGCAUUCGGUCUUUGGCUCGUUUGUGCAAUAACAUGGUGUUCUGUCUAUAGCCAGUACUGUGGUUUGGAAAGCCAGUAAAUGCCAAUUUUUGACAGGUUUGUCCAUAGCCUGCCAGCUUCUGCCAGGCUCCAUUUACAACCCUCAAAUGCUGCCCCCUUCUCUACCACCUGAUGAAUUCUGUUCCUGCCCAGCCAACAAGAAUCCUCUAGGCCAUCUCACAGCCUGUGAAACUCUUCCUUAGUUCUACUUCCUGGUUCCAUUCAAUGGCCAGAAUUUGUGAAAUGUCAGCAACCCCAGAGGAAGGCACAAGAAUACCAGGGCUAAGGCUCCCUUUGCCCAGUUAACCAGAUUCCUAGAACAUAUCACGCUUGUUGACAGUAAAUUUUAAAAUAAAUCUUCAAACACUGCUUACAUUUAGUGUACCAGAAUUCACAGUUCAGUUCACUAUAGUUCAGUCAGUGAUCAAUCACUUCCCUGAAGAGGGCAAAAUAAGUCAAGAGGGAUCCCAAGGGCUGCAUUUCCAGGCUUUCCCAUUGUUCUCUGCUAAGAUGCUCUCAGGGAGGCAAAAGAUCAUGAGAGGCCUUUUGGGUUGCUUCAUCUUGUGUCAGAGAGCGCAAUCCAGCCACCGUAAUGGCUGCUCUUACAGAAUUUAAGCAGAUUAAGGGUGAGUUAACAGAGAUGGUUGGUGCUGCAGAGAAGCAUGGGCAUUGGUGUGGAGAGGAGUAUUGUUAAGUGGAGAGGGGAGAUGGUGACAUGUUUGCAAAUUAGUCCUUAUCUAAGGCAAAGAUAUACAACCCAGUGAUCAUGUCAUGAAAGGACUGAAUACAGGAGUAGUAUUUUGUUUCUGUUGCUCACUUUGACACUGCAUUUUCCCUGUGAGUACAGCCUGGGUAAAAGCACAGUUCCUCUAAGGUUCUGCGUGCUUCCUGCAGAAAACAUGAGCAUCAUCAUAAAAUGGCUUCUAGUGACCACAGCAGCAACCAGGAUUGCUUGGUACCUUCCUGGACUGAAGUGUGAUUGAAACACUCAGUCUGUUUCCCCGUGUUUACAAUAUGAAAUGAAAUCCUUAUCCUCAGUGAGCUGGGGUGGGAUGACUUAAGACUUAGUGAAUGUUUUUUUGAGAAAGCACUUUCAGAGCCAUAGGCAGCAAGUGAUACCCGUGUGUGGAGUAUCUUCAUGGGCCACUAUUCAGAGAGCAAUGCAACUGGGUCAUCUCGUGUACUCGCCAGCUUGUGUGGUAUCUGUCUUAAGGGCUAAAAAAAAGGGAAUAUAUACAUACAUAUAUAUAUAUACACGUAUACAUAUAUACAUGUAAUCCAAUGCUGGCAGAAGAAAUAUUGUGUUAGGAAUUUUGUUUUAAUUUCCUUUUCUUUUUUUGUAUGCUGCUGAAUGUAAGGAAGCUUUCUAGCAUAAUAGAAUUCAGUAAUUAGAGAAGAUUUUUUUCUUUUUUAAAAAAACAAGGAUGUUGCAUCUCUUCUCCAAUCACAGAGGUUGCCUGUGGGCACAGCUGAGCAGACAAUAGUCAUCAUGACUCUGUCCCAUUGAAAGCAAUGGAGCAGGAUUAGACUCAUGGCUAACAUUCAUGGGUUGCCACUCAAGUCUGCAGGAUUGUGCCCUGUCUGGUGUUUCUUUUUGCUGUUGUUGUUGUAGUUGUCAGCCAAAUGGGAAAUAAAACACUGCAAUUCUAGCAUUUUAGCAGGUCAGCGUGGAGAUGGUGCCACCACGUCAUAGCAAUAGCUCCACUAUCUUCCUCUAGGAAUGCAUUCCUUUGUGUCCUCUAGGAAUAAACAGAAAUGAGUUUUUCUUCUAUCAGCUGUUUUUUAUCUCACAUCCUAUGAAUGUAUGUAAAUAAAAUUGUACAUAUUGCUUAUCUAUAUAAAAUAUCUUUUAAUAACAUGACAGAAAUGGUGUAAAUUGAAAACAAAAGAAUAUAAAGCCAAUGUACAUAAGUUACAAUUCUGUAUAUUUUUUCUUUUUGUUCUUCAUAAAAUAUAUUUACUUUGACAAUAAAAAUAAAAUUGAAAUUUUACAAAUGAAACGU